AUGUCCAGACACGGCGAAAUUUUGGAUGGAGUCGUCCGCUACCCUCCAACUGGCAUAAACGUUGUGAUCGUAGGUGCGGGCCUUGGUGGCUUGCAGGCAGCACUUGAAUGCUGGAGAAAGGGCCAUGAAGUCCAAGUUCUCGAAAAAAGCAAGACGAUUUCCGAAGCUGGUGACAUUAUCAACUUGAGUCCAAACAGUUACUGCGCGAUCAGACAGUACCCAAGGAUGCUGGAAGAAUGGGAUCGAUUUGCACACGACACCGAGACGUGCUUCUUUUAUCCCGAUGGCAAAAUAGCUAUCCCAAAGUCGGAACAGGAGUACAAUCUUCCAGGAGUCGCAACUCAUGCUAUCUGGCCUAUCCGAAGUAAGCCCAUUGUCAGUCGGCGAGAUCUCGCUGUCAUGUUUAGCGAACAGUGUCGAAGACUUGGCAUACAAGUGAGACUUGGCGUCAACGUUACCUCAUACGUCGAGAAUGUCGACGGUACUGCUACGGCGCUCACCCAGGAUGGCCGAGCUUUCAGUGCCGAUGUGGUAGUCGCCGCUGACGGCAUCGGCUCAAAGAGUUGUAGUAUUACCCUGGGCAGAACUUUGCGGGCCGUUAGCACGGGGUUUUGUGCUGACCGCGUCUGGUACUCUACUGAGUAUAUCAAGGAUGCUCCGGCGUUGCUUGGGGCCAUCAACAAGCUUGCCCGUCCGCAAUUACGUGUAUACACUGCUGAUAAUCUGUAUGUCAUGUUUUUACUUUCAAAAACACAUAUUUUUCUCGGUAUUACCCAUAAGGAUGACGGCACCGCAGUAGAAUCCUGGUCCUCUACCAUAGAGCCGGAGCAAGUGGCGCAGGCCUUUCCUGACAGGAACAAUUGGGAUCCAAUCCUGAUGGAAGCGAUUCUCAAUACGCCAUCUAAAACUGCUGUGCGAUGGAAGCUUUGCUGUCGGAACCCGCAAAAUCGGUGGUACUCAGACCGCGGUACCAUUAUUCAAAUUGGUGAUGCUGCUCACAGCUUCAUUCCAUCCUCCGGAACUGGAGCUGCAAUGGCUCUCGAAGACGCAAUGUCUCUCGCCGAAUGUCUGCGACUAGCUGGCAGAAACAGAAUUCCUCUUGCUACCAAGGUGCACUCACGCUUGAGAUAUGAGCGUACUACGCUCCUACAACACACCGGCUUCCUGAACAGACGCCAGCUUCAACGUGAUAUGACCGAAAUCGUUAAAGAUCGCACAAUGCCAUUGCUAGUUGGCAAAUGGGUUUGGACGCAUGACGCUGAAAAAUAUGCAAGGGAGAACUUUAAGAAAGCGGAAUUGUCUAUAACAGCGGGUGAGGCAUUUGAAAAUACAAACUUACCCAUUGGCCAUAAAGUACGGAACUGGACUAUUGAAGAAGAAACAGAAAAGCAAAAUUUGGCAGAGUAUGUAGACGACCUGAAGAGUAGUGGUGAUUGGGGUAUAGUUUAA